AUGGAGGAUGUCCUGGAUCUGGGGGAGAAUCAGAGCCGGAGAUCGGUGAGACUAAACUCCAAACCUUCUACCAAGUCCCCUAUGGGAAUUAUUAUUAUUAUUAUUAUUAUUAUAAUGUAUUAUAUCUAUAACACCCAGCAUGGUGCACUGUGUGUCACUAACAGAGAGCUAUACAUUAUUAUUAUUAUAUAGAGCAGACUAAUAUACUAUAAUACUGUAUAAUAAACUAUCAGUAUGCUAUACCUUAUUAUUAUUAUAUAGAGCAGGCUAAUAUACUGUAAUACUGUAUAAUAAACUAUCAGUAUGUUAUACAUUAUUAUUAUAUAGAGCAGGCUAAUAUACUGUAAUACUGUAUAAUAAACUAUCAGUAUGUUAUACAUUAUUAUUAUUAUUAUAUAGAGCAGGCUAAUAUACUGUAAUACUGUAUAAUAAACUAUCAGUAUGUUAUACAUUAUUAUUAUUAUUGUUAUUAUUAUUAUAUAGAGCAGGCUAAUACACUGUAAUACUGUAUAAUAAACUAUCAGUAUGCUAUACAUUAUUAUUAUUAUAUAGAGCAGGCUAAUAUACUGUAAUACUGUAUAAUAAACUAUCAGUAUGCUAUACAUUAUUAUUAUUAUUAUUAUAUAUAGAGCAGACUAAUAUACCGUAAUACUGUAUAAUAAACUAUCAGUAUGUUAUACAUUAUUAUUAUAUAGAGCAGGCUGAUAUACUGUAAUACUGUAUAAUAAACUAUCAGUAGGCUAUACAUUAUUAUUAUAUAGAGCAGGCUGAUAUACUGUAAUACUGUAUAAUAAACUAUCAGUAUGCUAUACAUUAUUAUUAUUAUUAUAUAGAGCAGGCUAAUAUACUGUAAUACUGUAUAAUAAACUAUCAGUAUGUUAUACAUUAUUAUUAUAUAGAGCAGGCUGAUAUACUGUAAUACUGUAUAAUAAACUAUCAGUAUGUUAUACAUUAUUAUUAUAUAGAGCAGGCUGAGCAGGCUAAUAUACUGUAAUACUGUAUAAUAAACUAUCAGUAUGCUAUACAUUAUUAUUAUUAUAUAGAGCAGGCUAAUAUACUGUAAUACUGUAUAAUAAACUAUCAGUAUGUUAUACAUUAUUAUUAUUAUUAUAUAGAGCAGGCUAAUACACUGUAAUACUGUAUAAUAAACUAUCAGUAUGUUAUACAUUAUUUAUUAUUAUUAUAUAGAGCAGGCUAAUACACUGUAAUACUGUAUAAUAAACUAUCAGUAUGUUAUACAUUAUUAUUAUUAUUAUAUAGAGCAGGCUAAUAUACUGUAAUACUGUAUAAUAAACUAUCAGUAUGCUAUACAUUAUUAUUAUUAUUAUUAUUAUUAUUAUUAUUAUUAUAUAGAGCAGGCUAAUAUACUGUAAUACUGUAUAAUAAACUAUCAGUAUGCUAUACAUUAUUAUUAUUAUAUAGAGCAGGCUAAUAUACUGUAAUACUGUAUAAUAAACUAUCAGUAUGCUAUACAUUAUUAUUAUUAUAUAGAGCAGGCUAAUACACUGUAAUACUGUAUAAUAAACUAUCAGUAUGCUAUACAUUAUUAUUAUUAUUAUUAUUAUUAUAUAGAGCAGGCUAAUAUACUGUAAUACUGUAUAAUAAACUAUCAGUAUGCUAUACAUUAUUAUUAUUAUUAUUAUUAUUAUAUAGAGCAGGCUAAUAUACUGUAAUACUGUAUAAUAAACUAUCAGUAUGCUAUACAUUAUUAUAUAGAGCAGGCUAAUAUACUGUAAUACUGUAUAAUAAACGAUCAGUAUGCUAUAUAUUAUUAUUAUAUAGAGCAGGCUGAUAUACUGUAAUACUGUAUAAUAAACUAUCAGUAUGCUAUACAUUAUUAUUAUAUAGAGCAGGCUAAUAUACUGUAAUACUGUAUAAUAAACUAUCAGUAUGCUAUACAUUAUUAUUAUAUAGAGCAGGCUAAUACACUGUAAUACUGUAUAAUAAACUAUCAGUAUGCUAUACAUUAUUAUUAUUAUAUAGAGCAGGCUAAUACACUGUAAUACUGUAUAAUAAACUAUCAGUAUGUUAUACAUUAUUAUUAUUAUAUAGAGCAGGCUAAUACACUGUAAUACUGUAUAAUAAACUAUCAGUAUGUUAUACAUUAUUAUUAUUAUUAUUAUUAUAUAGAGCAGGCUAAUAUACUGUAAUACUGUAUAAUAAACUAUCAGUAUGCUAUACAUUAUUAUUAUUAUAUAGAGCAGGCUAAUACACUGUAAUACUGUAUAAUAAACUAUCAGUAUGUUAUACAUUAUUAUUAUUAUAUAGAGCAGGCUAAUACACUGUAAUACUGUAUAAUAAACUAUCAGUAUGUUAUACAUUAUUAUUAUUAUUAUUAUUAUUAUAUAGAGCAGGCUAAUAUACUGUAAUACUGUAUAAUAAACUAUCAGUAUGCUAUACAUUAUUAUUAUUAUAUAGAGCAGGCUAAUACACUGUAAUACUGUAUAAUAAACUAUCAGUAUGUUAUACAUUAUUAUUAUUAUUAUUAUUAUAUAGAGAAGGCUAAUAUACUGUAAUACUGUAUAAUAAACUAUCAGUAUGCUAUACAUUAUUAUUAUUAUAUAGAGCAGGCUAAUACACUGUAAUACUGUAUAAUAAACUAUCAGUAUGUUAUACAUUAUUAUUAUAUAGAGCAGGCUAAUACACUGUAAUACUGUAUAAUAAACUAUCAGUAUGUUAUACAUUAUUAUUAUUAUUAUAUAGAGCAGGCUAAUAUACUGUAAUACUGUAUAAUAAACUAUCAGUAUGCUAUACAUUAUUAUUAUCCUACUACCAGACUGCUACACAUUGUUUCUUACUAUUUUAUAUUGAGCUAUCAGAGUGUUCUUCUACAAUAUUUAUACAUAUAUAUAUAUAUAUAUAUAUAUUACACUGCCAGGGUAAACUUUCUUAAUAUACCUUUAGCAAAGUACUACCUGCAACACUGACUUCAAUAUGUGGCUACGCAGACCAUACUCGGCAAUCUGCGAUGCACUGUGUGAUCUGACACCUUUUUUAUCAUGGCCAACAAUAAGUUGUUUUUUUUUUUACCAAUUUGAGCUACAGUAGCUCUUCUGUGUGAUCAAACUCCACGGCUAGCCUUUGCUCCCCAUGUGAAUCAAUGUGCCUUGGGCACCUACUCCUUCCAUGCAUCAAUUUUCGGAGGUACACACCACUGCAUACCAGGAACAUCCCACAAGACUUGCCAUUUUGGAGAUGCUCUGACCCAGUUCUUUGGCCAUCACUAUAUUGCCUUUGUCAAAGUCACUCAGACCUUUUCCCUUGCCCAUUUUUCCUGUUUUCAACACAUGAAAUUCAUGAACUGACUGUUAACUUGCCGCCUGAUAUAUCCCACCCCUUGACAAGUGCCAUUGUAACAAUAUAAUUCACUGUUAUUCACUUCAGCUGUCAGUGGUUUUAAUGUUGUGACUGAUCAGUGUAUAACAUUACUGGUCUAUUGUACUAUUUUGUAAUAUUUUAUUAUAAUAUAUUUUAUUGCCAGCCUGUUAUAACAUAAGAAACAAAGUGUGUUAGAGAAUUACAUUGGAGCUUAGAUUGUUGUGAUGAAUAUGUUUUGUCAGUUUCUGUACUAUUUGCUUAUUUUUUUAUUUAUUUUUUGCCCCUUAGGGGAUAAGGAUGGGACGUCGAGCACGAAAUUCUCAAGACACCCAGCAAGAUGAAGAAAAUACUUCUCGUUCUCAGUCUGGAAAAGAGGUACAAUGAGUACUAUGAUUGAAGAGAAUGAGUGGUGAAAUGUACAAAGAUUCAAGACGCAUGUAUGACUCCUCAAAACAAUGUAAAUAGAUUUUCUAGAUUUUUUUUUUUUUUUUUAGCUUAGGAAGCAGGUAUCAUGUGGAAUCAAAGGUUGAGAUUAUGCUGCAGGGUUCCUAAUGUCACAUUGAAAUUAUGCUGCAGAGUUAACAAUCAUCGAGAGCUAGUGUGGUCCAGGUACUAUCCCUGGUGAGCAGGUGCGUUUUGUGAAGUGCGCAUGCAUAGAGAGCAGAUGUACUCUAAAGCAAGUGUGCCAUAGGGAGAACAAGCACAGUGAGCAGGCAUGCAGGGAUACAGAGUAGAAGGCAUGCUUCAGGUAGAGAGUAGAAAAAGGGAGCAUGCUUGCUGCAGGGAGAGCAAGCAGGGGUAACAGAGAUGGCAAGCAUGGUGAGCAGGCUUGCCUAGCGAUAAGAAAGCAGCAAGAGCAUUUCAAGUUUGCAUGGUGGGCAGGUGUGAUGUAACAAACCACAAAAGCCUGGAAAAUAUUUGAACCGUUCCCUUUCUGUUUAAUUUCCUACGUCAUUUACAUUACUUUUUGUUCCAGGGGCCCCCUAAACCUCUACGGCAGGGAGGAUGGGCUGAUGUCUCUUCUGGGCCUUUAAAGUGAGUAACAGUGUGAUUUCACCUAGAGAAAUCGGAUAACCGGAAUGUCCAUAAUAUUUCACUUUCUCACUCCAUAUUUAACUCGGGGAGAGCCCACUAUUUCAAACCUUGGGUUCUGCUAAUGGAUUUGUUUGCUUUAAGAAGACUAACUAAGUUGUCAAAAUAAUUGGUAUCCGCAUGUGUAUCGUAACACUAACCACUGUUAUAUUCAAAUUAUAUCACCAAGAAAAAUAAAUAGUAUAUACAUAUAAAUAGUGGUAAUAGAAGGCUGCACUCACGGAUUCCAUAAAAUUUAACUUUUAAUCAGUCUUGUUAAAAAUCAAUCAACGUUUCAGUCCUGCUUGAGGACUUUCAUCAGGAUAAUACAGUUUGAGUUUGAGUGCAAGGUACAGUUACUUUUUUUAUAUUUAUAGAUGUAUUUUCUUUUCUUCAUUUUCCUAUGUACGAGGGGAGCUUUCAAGUUGAGGCAAAUAAAUCAGUCACAGCUGCAUCAAGACUCUAGAUUUAAAUCAGUCAGCUAUACCAGUUCAGCUGCUAGGGCUUUUAAUUUGAAACUCACUUUGAAUUCCUGUUUUAGUAAAUAACCCUGAGAUUCCUUUUUUUUCUGUUUUCUCACCUAAAUAGCAGCUGUCAUGUGAAACUAAAGUGGUGUCAGUAAUAAAAUGUUAAGAAUUUGUACCUGCAAAAUAGUUUUACAUCUUACUUCUCCAUGUAGAUUCCCAGUUGUUUAAACAAUGCGUUCCUUGUUCCACUUGUAAGACAAGUAGUUUCUGAUAUGUUCACAUAUUUCCCACCAUAAUUCUAUAAAGAAGGAUCCCUAAACCUCAUUCCCUUCUUCUCCACUAUGGAAGAGCAACGUGUUUAGUUUUCUUCCAAAAUGAGAAAGUUCCAAAGUUGUUUUGAUGUCCACGAACUGAAAGCCCCAUAACCACUCUCCCUGCCUCCGUGAGGAUUGUAAUAUUCGUGCUGGUUUUAUGACUUAAUUCUCAUGUUGUUACGAAGGACCACUAGUACAUAUAUUUACAGUGGUCUACUGUAGCAGUUUGUUCUUUGAGUCAAGGUAAGGAAUUUGAAGCACCUACAGUGUUCGGAGGUCAGCCAGUAUGGAAGAAUGACGAUUGGUUGUCUGGCACAUGUAAAAGUGUUUUUGUGGUCUGGUCAUAACUAAUGAUGUUAUCUAUAAUGUCUUUAGCAAUUCAGUGGAUACAAUGUUGGUGAGGGGUGUUAUGGAAAAUUGGGUUUGAGAAGUAACCAGACUAAGAUCUGUAAGGAAAGUAAUAUGUAUCGUCAAUGAUACCAUUAAUCGCAAAUAGUGAUCCUUUAUUCAAUCAGAAGCAAAGGUGACAGUCUUUUCAUCGAGUGUAUGUUUUUGUCAACCGAUUUAACACAAUUUACAAUAAAUACACACACACACACACACACACAAUACUAAUACAAAUAGGUAAGGAAUAAGAUAAUUUGUUAAUUAGUACAAAGUGUUAAAUAUGAGUUACAGAAAAAAAUGAUUAUUGUGGGUAAGAGUUAGAAACAGAGUGACGUUCUUAAUCAGUACUUCGCUGUAACUUAAUCCCCUGAUCCACAACUAAUCUGCUGUGAGGUCAUCUUAAAGGGACACUCUAAGCAGCAUAAGCACUACAGCUUACUGAUGAUCCAGGAUUCCCAUGUAAGUCAAGCUUGACAAUGAUCCAUAGUGGUUAAAACGUUGUAAUUUACAUUUCGUAUGAUUUUGGCAUAAAUGGUCAGACGUAAACUGGUUUUGCAAAGUAAUUUCUGUAUGUCAAACUAGAGAAAAAAGCCAGCACACCGCACACUUUCCCCGUGGAAACUGCCUGAUUGUAGCUCUACAUCAUUUAUGUAUCUCAGUCCAACCCGGACACUAAGCAUCAUUAUUGCAUAUUGUGAUAUAGCCAGAUAUUGCACAGGCUGUAACCACCGCUGAACCAAUCCUGCAGACGCAUUACCUGCGUGUUAUAUUGCUGUACUAACACAUGUUAUGUGUCCUCUUGCAGGUCUGGGAAACGAGGAGCUGAUGAUGUAGAAGAGUAAGUGUCAACAAAGGGCUAAUGAUUAAGUCUGUCAAAGUUCCACCCAUAAUUAACCACGGUACUACAGAUGGGAGAUCCUGUUUGUAAAAAAACUGUAUAACUGAUAAUAAGUUCCAGAGGUUGGCUUUGUGUACAUUACACCGCUAUAUACAUGGCAAUGAGAUUCCUAUUCUCUCCACAGUAGCCGACUGAAGCAGAAAUCUCUGGAUGAUGAAUCUGAUGAAGGAGGAGGUGAGGAUCCUCUUAACAAGGAGCAGUAACUGUAUAGAAUGCAGUGUGUGAGGACCACACAUAAUAGCAGAACUGCAGUAGUGACAUGAUGGGUCUGUAUAGGUUAAUCAGAAAAGGCUGCUAUACAAGAUUGAGGUUUAGUGCCAGCACAUGAUUAUAUAUAUUACUACAUGAAAAUUAAAGCAGUGGGCUGCAAGAAUAAUAGACUCAGGAUGUGUAGGAUUUGUAGUGUUUCUAAAUAAAUGUCUAAAAACCUGCUGCGUAAGAUACAAGUCUAAAAAGCAAUAUCAGAAUUGAACAGUAGAGGGAGCUAAAGGGCAGGAUGUAACUGCACUGGUAAGGUACUGUGCCAACAGGUUUUCUGUUCUGUAGAACAUUUAGGAAUUGUAUCAGCUUGUUUAUGGCGUUUUUGCCAUACUCUAAGAACUAUAACAUGCAUAGGCGUGCGCAGCCUAUUGCAUUAGGGUGUGCACCCUAAAGCACAAGCACACGCCGCAUAUAUAUAUGUAUGUAUAUAUGUAUAUAUAUAUAUAUAUAUAUAUAUACAUACAUACAUACACAUAUAUUCACACAUACACACACUGCUGUGUGUGUGUGUGCUGUGUGAUGUGUGUGUGACGAUGCUGGUAGUGUGCUAUGUGGGUGAGGGUGUUUGUGUGUGCGUGCUUGGGAGGAUGCUGUUAAUCUACUGUGUGUGAGGGUGCAGUUUGUGUGUGUGUGUGUGCGCUUGUGAGGGUGCUGUUGAUGUACUGUGUGUGAGGGUGCUGUUGGUGUGUGAGGGUACUGCUAGUGUGCUGUGUGUGUGUUUGUUAGGGUCCUGUUUCUGUUUGUGAGGGUACUGUUAGUGUGCUGUGUGUGUGUGAGGGUGCUGUUUGUGUGCUGUGUGUGAGGGUGCUGUGUGUGUUUGUGAGGGUGCUGUAUGUGUGUGUGGGUGCUGUAUGUGUGUUGGUGCUGUGUAUGUCUGUGGGUGCUGUAUGUGUGUGGGUGCUGUGUAUGUCUGUGAGUGCUGUGUGUGUCUGUGGGUGCUGUAUGUGUGUGGGGGCUGUGUAUGUCUGUGGGUGCUGUGUAUGGGUGCGUGCUGUGUAUGUCUGUGGGUGCUGUGUAUGUUUGUGGGUGCUGAAUGUAUGUGGGUGCUGAAUGUAUGUGGGUGCUGAAUGUGUGUGGGUGCUGUGUAUGUCUGUGGGUGCUGUGUAUGUCUGUGGGUGCUGGAUGUCUGUGGGUGCUGGAUGUCUGUGGGUUCUGUGUAUGUCUGUGGGUGCUGUGUGUCUGUGGGUGCUGUAUGUCUGUGGGUGCUGUAUGUCUGUGAGUGCUGAAUGUGUGUGGGUGCUGAAUGUCUGUGGGUGCUGUGUAUGUCUGUGGGUGCUGAAUGUCUGUGGGUGCUGUAUGUCUGUGGGUGCUGAAUGUGUGUUGUAUGUGUGUGGGUGGGUGAUUGUGGGGGGUGGAGGUUGGGGUACAUUAAUUGCUCUCCCCCCUCCCUUCUUACCUUUUGUAGGGAGGGGGGAUCGUGCUGCUGCUUCCUUCCCUGGUGGUCCAGUGGAGGAGGGGAUCCUUGCUGCUGUGAUCCCUGGUGGUCCAGUGGAGGAGGGGAUCCUUGCUGCUGUGAUCCCUGGUGGUCCAGUGGAGGAGGGGAUCCUUGCUGCUGUGAUCCCUGGUGGUCCAGUGGAGAGUGAACUCUAGCCCCCUGUGGGGCUAGAGUUCACUCUCGCGAGAUUUGAGCGUUGCCUGGCAACGCUCAUAUCUCGCGAGAGGAACCCGGCGGAGCUGCCGGCAAUAGCUCCGCCGGGUCCUCUCCUGCCUCCCUCCCUGCAUGUGGGCCGGUGGGGAGGGAGGCUGAGAGCAGAGCCGGCGCUUGGAUAGCGCCGGCUCUGCAUGAGCCGGCAGGGGAGAUCCUGAGAUCUCCCCUGCCGGUCUCAAUAUACAUAGGCGGGCCGCGGGAUUAGGGUGUGCCCAGGCACACCCGGCACACCCCGUGCGCACGCCUAUGAUAACAUGUCUCACAAUUUAGACCACUAGUAAACAUUACUUUCUACUCAUAAAUCGGAUGGAGUACCUGGAACAGAGUGCUGUGUGUAUGUAAAGCAUACAUACUUCUACUACAAAACGCCACACACAUACAUUAAUGCUCCACAUUCUGUGGUCACACACUGCUACUCCACAUUAAUUCAUCCUUGUAUUCACAUACAUUAAUACAACGUGCAAACUCAACCCUGUGUUUACAAAAAGGGAUUGAUACUCCACACUAAUACAUCCCUGUAUUGACACCUUAAUACUCCACAGAAAUAAAGCCUUAUAUUUACAUCCUUGUAUUCGCACACACUUAUAUUUUACACACAUACAUCCGUGUUCAAGUACACACAGGUUAAUGGCUUGAUAAUUCACCAGUACCGAUGGCAGAAAAAGAUGGUCAUGGCUUUAUAACUGGAUAGCAGUGAUGUCAGAACUAGAUAGUAAUAGCCUUAUAAUUAGAAAGUAGUGAUGUCAGAAUUAGACUGUAAUAGCCUUGUAAUUAGACCGCAGUGAUGUCUGAACUAGACUGUAAUAGCCUUGUAAUUAGACAGUAGUGAUGUCAGAACUAGACUGUAAUAGCCUUGUAAUUAGACCGCAGUGAUGUCAGAACUAGACUGUAAUAGCCUUGUAAUUAGACCGCAGUGAUGUCAGAACUAGACUGUAAUAGCCUUGUAAUUAGACCGCAGUGAUGUCAGAACUAGACUGUGAUAGACUUAUAAUUAGACCGCAGUGAUGUCUGAGCUAAGUGCAUAAUUCUCUGGUCUCUGUAGAGUUAAAGCAGACAGUAGACGUGCAAUGCAUGUAUUUUCUCUUCUUCUCAGAUAUCCCAGUAAUUCCAGACCUGGAGGAGAUGCAGGAAGAGGAUUUAGCUCUACAAGUUGCUGCACCUCCCAGGUACAAAAACUGAUCUCUAUUUCUGCGGAGAAAGCUCAUCCUCCAGACCCAGCUUUCAAUUGCACUCUUCUUUCACACCCAUCACUCACAAACCGCAAACCCACACAUUGCUCUUAAAGGACCACUCUAGGCACCCAGACCACUUCAGCUUAAUGAAGUGGUCUGGGUGCCAGGUCCCUCUAGGAUUAAACCUUUUUUUUGUUUUAUAAACAUAGCAGUUUCAGAGAAAGAGGUUAAUCCAGCCUCUAAAGCCUCUAGUGGCUGUCUCAUUGAGACUUACCUGAACCUCCACUCAAGGGCACCCUCAUUCUCUUCAGUUUGGUGCUCUUCAGCUCCUGGUGCUUCAGCUGCCAGGAGCCGACGUCAGAGCUGUUCUCUCGCGCAUGUGUGAGAGUACAGCAUUGAGGUCUAUGGAGAAUCCUGCGAGACCAUGCGAUCUAUCCAUAGAAAAAGCUAUUUUUCCCUAGAACCAUCACUGGUUUUGACAUCUGGGUUGGAAUGACAAGCUUGACAAAAGGUAAAUUCUCCUUUUCAAGCUUAGGAAAAAUACUGAGACCAAGUAGUCCCUACUCUGUCUUAGUAUAUCUUUUGACUUGGUGAGUAUUUCAGUGAAAUUCCAACACAACGAAUGUAAGUAUUUCAUAAAGAUUCUGUCUCUAUGAAAUACCCAUUAGUGCUGCUUUUACUUUUACCACUGUACAGCUUUGCUCCAUGUUCUCUUCCCCUCUUUUUAUGUCAGUUUGUCUUUUCUCUUCCUGUUACUUUGUUUCCUUCUGCCUCUCUCUUUCUACAUCCUAUAAACCUUUUUCUUCCUGGCAUUUUGCCAGUUACUUUCCGAUCAAAAAUACUCUUUUUUUCUGACCUCUCUUUUUUUUAUAUCUGCCUGCACUGUUUGUCUGCCUCCUUGCCCCACUUUCUAACUCUGUCUUUCACUCUUCCCUCCUUUCUUUUUACUCUUCCUCUAACCUCACCAUUUGCAUAAAGGCCACACUGUUUAUAUAGCUUCUUGCAUAAUGUAGUUCAUUCCCUCCAACUGCACGGUUUAAUCUCAUCGUGACCAAAUCAGUUCCUUUUCUGUCUAGUACACUGAAACUGUGGUCUUUCUAUCCAGUAAUCUUUGUCUGUUAGUGUGCAGGUCAAUAGAGUGAUGACCUAUAUCGACUUGGACAAGGAUCUCAUGAGACAUGCAGCCUUUCAGACGCUGGUGAGCCCUGAAGCCUCCUCAUUACCUAUUACACUGUCUCUUAGAACCCUGAACUAUCCAGUAUCUCCAUCAGGUUUUUACUCAAAUAAUGAACUGCUUCCAAAUAUAGAACAUAGUUAUUAUCAAACAAACAAGAAUAUCAUAUUAACUGCAUCAAAACAGAGGACAUCCCAUAACGGUAAUGAAUUAAUUUUACAGUUCUCCAGAAGGGGUUCAAAUACGUAAGUUUAACAGUAUAAAUUAUACAUAACAUAGAUGGUAAUCUAAUUGUCUUCUUCCCAAAUUUUGUUGGCAAGGAGAGCAAUAAAAAUGACAAACAAUUUAGAUCCCUCAUGGUAUAAUAUUUAGUACUCUUCCAUCACUGUAGGCUCAGUAAACUCUCAAUAGGAAAUUGAAAGUGAAUUUGGAAUUUUAGACAAUAGAUUCUAAAAUAAACUGUUUGAAUUGGAGAUCUUUUUUUCCCCAAUUAAGUUAUUUUGGUCUGAAAUGUAAAGUAUCGGAUUGCAACCAAGUCGAUUACCACAACAUUAAGAAAAGCCUUAACAAAAUAACUCUCGACUUUCUUUUUCUUUCUGUAAUACAUAGUCGACAUAUGUACUAUAAUAUGGCUUUUGCACAAGCCUAACAAUGUUACUUUAUCUUGCGAUCUGCCGUUGCAAAAAAAAAGAAUUAAAAAAAAAAGUAUCUUUUUAAAUGGUUGACAAUUCACACUUUAGUGUAUACCUCAAAUCUUAAUGUAUUUCCUCUAACCUACUUUUGUCUUAUCUAGGAUGGAGAUAUUGAUCUAAAACUGCUGACAAAAGUACUAUCUCCAGAACCAGAAGUGAGAGAGGUAAGUAGUAUAUGUACCAGGAAUACGUAAGUGGAGUGGGUCACAUGACCUACUUUAAGUCACAUGACCUAUCUGCUAUAAUUGUAGGAUGAUGCACUCUGGGACCGGGAUUUACUCUACACUGAGGUGUCAUCAGAGCUGGUCACUGAGUGGGACGUAGGAAAAGCUGAAAAAGAAGACACCACAAGGAACAGCCCAUUGGCCACCUAACAUGGACCUUGAUCUCUGACCUUUGUGAAUAUAUCAAUAUGUACAGAUCAAAUAAACAGUUUUUUCAUACUUUGGCAUCUGUUACGCUUCCUGUUGGUGCUUGCCUGCCUUUCUGGCUAUUCAGGACUAUGUGAGCUCCUUCAUUAUAUUGCCUGGUAGUACAUUAUCAGGGCAGCCUAAGGCCAUCCUGAGUCGAUUUCAGUUGCAUUGACAGGUAGCAUGUGGCACUGUAGGCACAAACACAGCUGCUUCCAGGUGUUUAUUCACUGGAACAAAAUAUACAAUGCUUACACAGCCUGGUACCCAAAGCUAAUGUAAAAUGUGCAUAAUAAUACCCAUCUGCAAGGAAUGCCAGGAAUGGCUACAAUGGUCACCCAAAACUUGUACCUCUGUAAACAGUAUCUUUGAAAAUUCUUAAGUAGACAAAGAUGUGUUCAUUCCUUAUAAAUAAAAUGUAAACAUUGUAAUAUUAAAUUGAAAUGUUAAGCAACAAAAUGAGAUGUAGAAAAGGCUUGGAGAAGAUGUAAGGCUGGAGGAAAGAGGAGGAGACAGAGGAGAGUUGAAAUGAAGAUGUAUUGUUGGGGAGAUGAAGCUGAUGCCUUGUGAAUGCUUUAGAAUGGCAAAGCAUCAUGGAAGAUGUAGUUUUAAAACAUCUGGGAAUGUACAUUUUGAACACCCCUGUUUUAAAGUAAUUUAUUUCCAAAUAACUAAACCGGCUGUAAUACUACAAAUCUGGAAUGUCCAGCAGGGCAAGGCACUCCCAUUUCUUCUAAUCCCAAUGUCAAAUGUGCACUUAUUCUCGAAUAUCCGUACCUUUUUAUCUAACAAAUGAGAGGACUGCUAUUCCUCUAAUCCUGGUGUUAGUGGGUACCCUUUGUGUAAUCCGGCAGAGUUUGCAUUUCCUCUAAUCACAGUGUUAGGUCUGUAUGGACAACUGUAGUCAGCACAUGAGGAGCAGAUACAGAGAGCCGAGACAAAUAUAAAUUUACCCCAGAUAUUUUAUUAUUAUUGCCAUUUAUAUAGCGCCAACAGAUUCUGCAGCGCUUUACAAUAUUAUGAAAGGGGGGAUUUAACUAUAAAUAGGACAAUUACAAGAAAAUUUACAGGAACAAUAGGUUGAAGAGGACCCUGCUCAAAUGAGCUUACAGUCUAUAGGAGGUGGGGUGUAAAACACAGUAGGACAUUAAUUCACUCUCGUAUAUAAAGUGCAUUCAGAAAGUAUUCAGACCCCUUUAUUUUUUUGUUGCAAUCUUAUGCUUCAAUUGUUUAAAUAUUAUUUUUUUUUUUACAUCAAUCUACACUCAAUAGUCUAUAAUGACAAAGCAAAAUACAUAUCUGAAAGCUUAGCAAAUGUAUUAAGAAGAAAAAAAAAUACCACAUAAGUAUUCAGACCCUCUGCUUGGAAGUUACCGUAGCUUAGAUACAUCCCAUUUCUUUGAGAUGUUUUUACACUUUGAUUGGAGUCCACCUGUGGCAAAUUCACUUGAUUGGACAUGAUUUGGAAAGGUAAACACCUGUUUGUAUAAGACCUUACAGCUGUAAAUGCAUCCAUGAGAUCUUAGGGACUACCUGCAGAGCUUAGAGAUGGGGUUGAGCUGAGGUACACAUCUACUGAAAAACACAAAACAUUUUUAUUCUCUGCAUUGAAGGUAACCAAGAGCACAGCAGCCUCCAUAAUUCUUAAAUGGAAUAAGUUUGGAAUGAUCAGGAGUCUUUCCAGAACUGGCCACCCGCUCAAGCAGAGCAACCAGGAGAGCAAGGCAUUGGUAAGAGAAGUGACCAAAAAAACGAAUGCUCACUCAGGUGUGUUGAUGGGAAAAUCAGGUGCGUUGAUGGGAAAAUUUGCGGGAUGACAACCAUCAUGCAAUACUCAACCAAUCUGGCCUUUAUGUUAGGCUGGCCAGACGGAAAUCUCUUAACAGUGCAAGAAAAAUUAAAGCAAAAUACAUAAAAACCUGCUCCGGUACAAAUCACCGGAUUGAUUCAAUCCAUCUUCGAGGAAACUCUUCCUCUCACUCCGGACGCCUUUAUCUUCCUACUACCCCCACACAACAUACCUAAAACAAAGGUUCCACUAUUUUUACAUCUCAUAACAGCCGCGAAUCAACUUAUCCCAGUAUUCUGGAAACAACCCAUUCCUCCAUCCAUUUGGGACUGGGUACAGAAGGUAGGGGCAAUCAGGAGUUAAGAGGAAAUUUGCUACUCCCUAUCCAACAGCUACCACAUUUACAGCUCCACGUGGAACCACUGGUGGAUACCUUCAAAAUAUAGGCCCUUUCCACACCAAGGCCGAAAGAUGGAAUAGAAUCCUGUAAUUGUUACAACUUGUGAAUCCACACUGUUAUGAAGAUUGUCUUUACUCUUACCUUUAUUUUUAUUACUAUUGCUAAGUAACGUGAAAACAGUACUUGUCUCAUGAUAAAACGUUAACCAUAUUUUGAUGUUUCAAUUUUUAUUUUUGCAAGAAAAUACACAAUAAAAUAUUUUAAAACGUAAAAAAAAUAAAAAUUUAAAAAAUACAAAAAUAAAUGACAACAAUGGAAAAAAAAAAAAAAACCUGCUCCAGGGAGCUCAGGACCACGGAUUGGGCUGACCGUUCACCUUGAAACAGGACAAUAACCCUCAGCACACUCCAAGCCACAAGAGUGGCUUAGGGACAACUCUGUGAAUAUCCUUGGGUGGCCCAGCUAAAGCCUGAACUUAAAUCCAAUCGAACUUCAAUAGAGAGACCUGAAAGUGGCUGUUCACCAACCUGACAAUGCUUGAGAUGAUCUGCAGAGAUGAAUGUAGGAAACUACUCUUAUCUAGUUGUGCAAAGUUUGUUAUAUCAUACCACAAAAGACGUGAAGCUGUAAUCGCUGCCAAAGGUGCCUCAACUCAGUAUUGAGUGUGCAGGGUGUGAGUCUUAUGUCAAUGUGAUAUUUUAUUAUUUUCAGGUUAAUAUAUUUGUAUACAUUUACAAUGCUGUCAAAAAUCUGUUUUGUUUGUGGGGGUUUUUUGGUGUGUUUUUUCUUUGUUUUUUUCAAAAUUAAAAAAUAUAUAUAUUUUUUUUUUCUGAAUGCACUAUACACGUAGCACUACAACUCUAGCCUUGGUAUCCAUUUUACUCCUUUCUUCUGUCACCCUUACCCUGGUCCUUUGAAUAAUCUAGAAUAAAAUUCCUUCAAUCUGUAUCUUCAUUUCUUCCUCACUCCCCGCCCUCCCAUUUUCAGCAUUCCAAGUACGGCCUUGUGCCCAUGCCAUGAACCCAAAUUUGAUCUUUCACACUUGUCUGAUAGGAGUAACUCCCUUUGUGAAUACAUGUGUAUUGCUCGGAUAGGCCCUCUCAGUAACGCAAAGAUGCAGACCCCUCUCCUUGGCAUCUGGGAGUGGACUCAUGGUAUUAAGUUUUAAUGGGAGAUUUUCCGAUGAGAUUACUGUGAUUUUAUCUAGGGUAGAGUGGUGUUAUUAGCAAAUGAUAAUUAGCUUGUGUUGAAAACAUUAAGUGUAGUUAAUGAUGCUCAGGAAUGCAGGCAGCAUGUUCUUCAAACUGUUAGCUCUACCUUCUCCCUUUACCGAUGGUUAGAAAGGCAUGCGUUAGGGAUGUUCCACUGCUCUUAAACUGCUAGCUCUGCAGGGUAAUGUUCACUGUCUGUAUAGUCUAGACUCUUUCCGUAUGAAUGUGGCUGUCAGUCUAGGAUCCCCAGGACUGCACAUCUUCUUUCUACCCCAUCUCACGUAACAGCAGUUGUGAGCCCUCGUCACUGAAAUGUAGUGAAUUGUGAACCAAAGGACAAAUUUCGUCUUAUAUAGCCAAGCUAUUUUAAAAACAAUUUUGUAAAUCACAAUAAUUUGUGUUUAGUGAAAAAAAACACACCAGUAAUACUAAGUCCCUGGGAGUGCUUAUACAAGAUUGUGGUGGUUAUUAUAUAGGCACAGUGCUAGUGAGUCCUGGAAGUGUUUUAAAUGUGCAAACAGAUGUUUUUACCAGUAGGUCAAUAGUAAGCUACAACAGUCUAGUACAAGGGUCAGCAACCCAUGGUACUCGAGGUGCCUUUCCAAGGCACACAAGGCAGCUAGAACCAAACAGGCUCUGGCCUAACAGAAGUCCCAGUGGGACUCCAGAUAUCUGCUGGUGCAACCUGAAUGGUGAUCAUGUUGCUUUGAGUUAUAGGCAAAUUCAGCUGUAGGUAAUACCUCUCCAGUCAGAUUAUAGAUGGGUACAGUAACAACAGAGGUAUGUUUCCAGGGUUUGGUUUGUUCUCUCAGUGUGUCCGUUGGUUUGGGGAUGGAAGGCAGUGAAAAGGUCUACGGAUAUUUUGAGUGAUUGACAUAAGACUUUCCAGAAGAGGGAAGUAAAUUGUGUCCCUCUGUCUGAGCGGAUAAAUUCGGGGAUUCCAUGAAGUUUAAAAAUGUUAUUGAGAAAAAGGAUGGCUGUUCGUUUGGCCAUAAGAAGUCCUUUAGGUGGAACAAAAUGUGCCAUUUUUGUUGGACGAUCUACAACAACCAUAAUGGUAUCAUAUCCUUGGGAAAUAGGGAGGACUACGAUGAAGUCAACAGUCAGAUGACUCCAUGGUCUGGUGGGAUAGGUAAUGGUUGUAAUAACCCAGCAGUUUUGGAGGUGUUGGCUUUAGCACGGGCACAAGUGAUACAGGAGUUGACUGUCAUGGCUCUUGACUCUUCUGUCAGCGUGGCUGCACAUAAACUAGGCAGCCACGCCGACAGAAAGGUUUCUAACUUACCUUGGCCGCGGCGGGCAGCUGCCCGGUCCCCAGCGGGUGCAACGUUCUCAGGAUUUUAUAAUGAACUAACCUUCGCCCACCUUUGCCCUCGACAAGUGUUAAAACACUUGUGAAACCACACAUCAGAGGGCACUAAAUAUCCAGAACAAUGAAAUCAUAUUUACCCAUCCUGGUUUAAAGAAUGUGGGAUGGGGCUCAAGACCAUAGAAUGAGAAACAGAGAAGGAGAGAGAUAUAAGGUAAAAAUACAAGCAAUUUAUUAGACAAUAGUAUACAAGCAGGUUUGUCAUUGGGCCCACGGCAGAUUCCAGUAGCUGUUCGUGCAUCGGUCGGGUCCAUGCUAGAUAGGUGCUGUGUUCUAGAUAUAUGGCCACCUGUCUGGAAUGCCUAUAGUGUUUCGAUGUGGCAAGUCUCAGGCUCCUCCACAGCUGUGCCCAGAAGAACCCGAUGUGGUCCCUCCGGAGAUGUGAAACAUUGCCCGUCUCUUCAAAGAAGGUGGGGGAGCACGCAGCAACCGCAUCUUAUGCCUGCUGGAUCGAGUGGUAUGUUCAGCCGGUAUGCCGCGCACCCUCAACAGGAUAAGGGAGCCUCCAAAGGGUAGACCGGUAUGACCCCCACCGGUCCAAAUUGGGGGGGGAACCGGGCCGGUGCCACUUGGAACGAAGGGUUAGUGGGGUGGUGGCCGUCCACCCCACUCACCACCUGAGUAGGCCUCUUUCACGGAGGUUGUAAAUCUCCCCUCAAAGGCCAAGAAACAAGUUUUGGGCUGAACUUCAGGACCAACGCAGCCCAGUGCAAGGUACUAUCGCUUUGUAGCAUCAAGUGUGAGAUUAUUCUGUUUUAGUAGGUCAAAAAGUGUGAAAGUUGUGGGAGCUUGUCUUCCAUGCGACUAGCCAGCAUGGAGGUACAGCCCUACCACCCCUCAAAUCCCCUUUUAAUGCAAAUUAUGCAGUAAAGAUAUAAGGUGUUUAAAAAGCAAAUAAACAAAGAACUCCGGUAUUGCAAAGGCCAGGAAGCGGCUGAAUUUGAUUAGUCAGUCCAGGCCCUGACAGACAGCUCUGAUUAUUCUAUGAGUGGUCGUGGUUGUGUGGCUGCUGUACAGGAUCCUUGGUAGAAAGCCAUAAUAAAGUUUUUUAGGGCAUGUGCAGUCUGUAAACUUGUACGAUGGCCAUGGAAAGCAUAGUUUAACUGUUGUUUAUAUGGUUUUAACGGAUGGUGUUGCUAGGAGGCUAAUUGUGUUGCUAAAUGUGGCAUCUUUUAUCUCUUCAACCCCUAUCAAUAUGACAUGCACAACAUGAGGAGCAUUCACAGAAAUCUUAACUGAUCAAAUCUGUUUCCUAUUACUUUACUCAAACCGUUGUCUAACCUCCUCGCAGCCAUUUCCAAACACUUUCAACAUCAUACUCAUAAUCUGGCAGCCUGCCCUCCAGAUAAAUAGCCAACUGGGCCAGUCCAGGCCUUGAGAACAUUAUAAUUACACACAGACCUAAGGAAAAGCUCUGCCUGCCUCCUCCAGUACUAUCUUAAAAUACCUCCCUCUGCUUUUUAUCAGCAACAAAUAGUGCUCUGAGGCAGCAGACCACAAAUCCUGUAUGCUCGUGGCCUGAAAGGGGCAAAUUGCCCACUUGCCAGCCCUGCCUUGUGUGAGUACAUGUAGUGUGUGAGCUCCUAGGUAAGUACCUACAAGUGCAACCUGUGUGAGCUCCUGGUUGAGCAUAUAUAGGGCAGUGAAUGAUCUGCAUGCACGGGAACAUUCAGUGAGUGUGAGUUUCAUUUCUGGAAUGGGCACAUGUUAACACAUGCAAUACAGUAUAAAAUUGAAAAAUAAAUGAAAGCUGGUUUGCUGCUCCUGUAUGUCACGUCCCCCGGACCUGUAUACCUGUCUACUACUUAUCCCCUAGAACAUAGUAGAUCAGAGCUGCCCAAAAGGUAGAUUUAUUUUAUAUUUUUAAACUACAGCUUUCAUGAUGCUUUGCCAUUCUAAAAACAGUCUUAAGGCAGGCAUAGCAUCAUGGGAGUUGUAGUUCUACAGCAUCUGGGGAUCUACCUUUCGAGCAGCCCUGCUUUAGGUGUUCUUACCUCCGCCCCCUGACCCAUGCAUGCUCCCCCAUCCUCCUCCAGCCAAUGCUGACAAUUCCUGGUCACUGUUCUGUCACCGCAGGAUGUGUUUCACAGGAACCUGCGUCUUCUGUUACAAGGUGUGAUUAGCACCUGUCUGCACCCCCCAUCUUGCAGGUGUACGAACGAAGGGGUGGGAGUGGGGGGUCUGUGUGUGCCAAGCUAUGUGUAGCCUGUCAGCCUAGAAUUUGAUUAGCCUUUUUGUACUUUACUUUUUUUUUUUUUUUUUUUUUGCUGUGCAGGUAGGUACAAGGAAUCAACAGACGCCACAACAGCAUAUUGGAAAAUAUGCAUUGGUAUAACAGUGGCAUGAGAGACUGCACAUUUUUAAAUUUUUUAACAAGUUUGGUUAAACAGUUGCGUCGUCUUUUGUAAUGAGAAAAAUAACAGACUGGGGACACUUUAAAGGUUUUAAACAUGCUAUAUAGAGGCUAGCUUUGUAUGACUGUUGCAGUGGGUCACGAUGGGGUUUCAAGCUUGAGACAGUAAACAUACAGUGGUUCUAGAGAUUGGAGUAGUCAAGUGCUUAGAGAGUGGAUUCAGGUUAAAUUCGUAGUCAUAUUGUAUAAGCACGGUUGCAGUUAGCAGUAACUUGAUGUAAAACUACAUUAAAAAGUUAAACUGUGUGUAUUUAAGCUUAGACACAACAUACAGCAGUUAACAUUGCUAGAGUUAGCCUUCAUUUUGUAACCCUGUUUCUAUUCACUCUGAGCAUAAAGGUGCCCUGCAUAAAAACAAUGGUAACAUUCAAAAGCAGUUAGUGGAAUCUGCACAUUUUUAAAGGUAGAUACUGACAUGCAUUAGAACACAGGUGCAAAGAAUAAACAGCGGCUAAAUGAUCUUUGGUUAACAAGCUAAUUGCCUGUGGUUAUUAUAUUGUGUUGCUUGCUCCACUGCUGCUAUAUGUAUCUUACAGUCCCUGCUGUGAGAUGUUAGGGCCAGUUCUGAGCUCAGUGUGAGACAUACUGUGCGGUGGGAUCGUGCAGAGUCUCUGCUGCAGGGGCACAGACUGUCUCUAGGUCAUGCCGUCUUGGUCAGCCGAUGCCGGCUCUGAGGGAUUGGCAUGUGGGUCCAGAGCGCUGCGAGGUCCCUUCCCCCGUUGGUUGUUGCUGCUGUGAGUGGAUAUCCCAGAAGUGGGUCGGUAUCACCUCUAAGCUCUGCAGUGGGUCUCUCCAGCGCGGUUGUGUCGGUAUCAUGGCCUUCCUGCAUAUCCCGCUGCCGGCCGCCAUUUUAGGUGCGCCUUGUAGGAGGUUGUAGCCUUGCUUGUCAGGGUCAGGCUUGUACUGCUGUCUCUGCUGGUAAUUGUGGAUGUCGAGUGCGGGCCGGGAUGACCCCCGCCGGCCCAGGGGGGAGGGGGGGGAGGAAGGCUGGUGCACUGAGGGGUGUGUGUGCGGUUUUACCAUCCAGAAGAGCGGCCAUCUCUCCCUGGCUCGGCCGCAUGUAGGCCCCAUGUGCUUUGCGUGGGAUCCCAGGCAGUGAGAGUCUCGUUUGUGGGUUCCUUUGAUGCCCCCGGGUUUCCCCAGCUCGUCCCAUGCCCUCUGACUUGUGGGUGAUUUUGUGUUUGGGGUAUUUUUCCCCAUUGUUGUCGUUUUUUGCAGGAGCUGGUUUGCAGCACGUCUAUCCUGCUCGGCAGUCAGGCUCCGCCCCCCCUUUUUUUUUUUAUAUUCAAGGAUUAAUAUCCGUUUAUGUAUUUUAGACGAUAAUUAUUUUUGUUUGUUUGUUUAUAUGUAUAGUGAAUAAAUUAACACAAGCUUAAUUGAGCCACUGUGCUAACAAUAAUUGUUAGGAAUGGAAACUGUGUUAAUAAGUUUUUAUGCUGUCCUAUUCAUUUCUUAUUUUGGUUAUUUAAAAUGCUGGUAUUAAAGUAACAGUUUCUGCACUCUGUACGCUUAACGUUCUUAAGUAGGGGAGUUAUUUUAUAAACAUAGUGUAUCUUUUUUUAUAUAUAUAUAUAUAUAUAUAUAUAUAUAUAUAUAUAUAUAUAAAUACACUAGCAAAAAAACUGGCACACAUUUUCCCAUAGAUAGAGGAAGACACUAAAAUAGGUCACAGAAAGUAAAGGAUUCUCAGGGCUCCCCGUAGGCCUCUACCAAAGUCCUGCAUGUGCUUCUUGUGGUCUCCUAGAAUGUGUGUCCAAUAAGGGUUUCUUGGAAGGAGGGCGAUGGUUUAUCAUGGUAAGAGCCUCAGCAAUGAGGUCUGUAUGGUCUUUGUGGGCCUUUAAUCAUGUUAAGGUCAGUGAAUAAAGUACUUGGUAUGAUGUUAGUUAUGUUAAUGGUCUCAGGAAUAAGGGUUAUGGUGUGUAUGGGUUUCUAGUCAUUGUAAGGGUCUUGGCUAGGAAAGGUCAUGGUCUCUGUGGGUGAUGAUUUCUGUAUGUAUGCCAUUUGUCAUGGUGAGGGUCCGAGAAAGUAGGAGGGCUGAUUGUCUGAAUGAACCGUUAGGCAGAGCAAGGGUAUUGUGAAGGAGGUUGAGGUAUGUGGGCUGCUAUACAUGCCAAAUGAGGGGUGACAGUCUGGGGUAGCUGGGACUUAAUACGAAUGGAAUUAAUGUGUGAGCCUGGCAUGUCACUAAAGGGAGGGGUGCCAAAUUAAGGACAGCGGCCUAAUAUCAUCUAUUGCCUGGGAAUGUAACUCCCACUAGUCUCAGGCAGGAUGGGGUAUGUAAGGUCAGGAGGUGCAGUAAGAUUAAAGGAACCCUAAUUCUAACCCAAACUGUUAUUUUACAAAUAUCAAUAUUUCAAUAAUCACGUAGUCACGUAUUAUAAGGAACGCAUAAUGCUCAGGGAAUGGAAUAAGAGAAAAUUAAACCAUCUUGGGGUGAUAAAGACAUUCACAAACUAUUACUAAUCAUUUACUCUCUUGAUUUACUAUGAUGUCUCCAGAUCCCGUCAGUUGCAUUAUUUUCCAGUAAAUCACUGAUCACAAUUAUGUGUGUACCAGAUCCCAAAAGUGUUUUAAAGUGCCAAAAAAUCACAUUUAUGUAUAUCACUGUGUGAGGUUCGGUAGCUUACUUAUAGACAGUUGUCUGCUGUGAAGGGGUUACAAAACCAAAGUCUAUGUGUAUUAGAAAACCUAGUGGAACAUGUUACAUGGCCGACUGCAUCUCGUCUAAGAAAGUCCAUUAAUCUGGAUCAUAAUGUGCUGCUGGUCCCAUAGCUCCCAGAAUCCCUUGUGUUGUUAAAUAAGAACUCUUGUCUAAGGACCCCCUCCUCCCCCCAAUGAAAUGCAUUUUACUCCCAUAGGAGUCCAUCAAGCACAACUAUCUCCUCUAGCUUGUGGUCCCCUGGGAGUCCUCACUGGAAAACACAACUUGACCAUUAAGGUAAUGAUGGACAUCUGACAAGACCCAUCUACACUGCACUCCAGCUGGCCUUGCUGCAUCUCAGCGAGUCGGUACAAUAGUCAUCCAUGCACUCAUUACUCUAUGCUCUCCCAAAAACAGUGCAUUUUACAUCCUCCAUAUAUCCAAAUGUAUCAAUUAUCACAUUGGAUCCCACAGAGAACAUUAACUAGUGUCCCUACACCUACAAACUCUGGAACCAUUACUUUCCUGGAACUUACAAAGAGUACUCUGCAUACCUACCUAUACACGUGUGGGGCGAGAAAAUAAAUUCUGUAUUCUAGUCCCUUCCAGACUCCAUUUAAUCAGAAUCUUGCAGACGUAUAUAUGGUAUGUGGAAGAAAGAGUGAUAAAUGGGUACACUGGCUGGCUGAGGAUGAUGGUCUUGAGAUGAUUAGCAUAAGGUGACAGGGACGAAUAGCAUGGAUAGCAGUGGUAAUGAGAUGUGUGACAAAUGAAUGCAGUAUAAAUGAUCCAUGUGUAUGGAGGGAAAGGGGCUUUCGAUGGGUGGCAAUGGACACAAAAAGGGGUGGCAGAGGUAUGCGAUGGUAAAAAGCAUGGGCACCGAAAAGUUAGGUCCCCAGAUGUUUUAAAACUACAGCUUCCAUGAUGCGUUGUCCUUCUAAAGGCAUGCAAAGCAUCAUGGUAGUUGUAGUUGCACAACAUCUAGGGAUCUACAUUUUGGGCACCCCUGGUGUAAAGUAUGCAAUGGUUGGCGGUGAUGCAUGGACUAAAUGGCUGGAAAAGUUACCUUGUUGUGGAUCAGAUGGGUGGCAGGGUACAUGCUACUGACGGCAGGUAAGUAAUGACAUUGGAUGGUGGCAGAGGAUGAAAUGUGCUGAAGAAGACAUGAAAUAAAAGUUAGCAUAAGAAGUAUAGUGAGUAUAGAUAUAAGAAGGAAGUAUAACCGAGAACUAGUGAAUAUUAAAUUGCUGUAGCUAUAUUUACCCUCUAUGUUACAUGCUACUAACCCAUUGAAGCCAUUAUUGGGGAAACACCCAAAACUUGCAUUAUUUAGCUACGGUGCUGCUACCAAAGUCUGUACAUAAUAAAGCAAUAUGUCUGUGCACACAAAAAAAAUCUUUCAGGGCUCCUUUUAAAAAAAUACCUAUGUAUCUCCAACACGCUAAUUUUCUAUAUAUUUGACACAUCUAAGGAGUAUUUUUCAUUGUCUGCUUUUACAGUGGCGUGCUGAGAGUCAUUUGGAAUCGUAGAGACUUUUAACAACAUUCCAGAAUUGUUCCGGUGUUCAUUUGGCCCAUUUGGAUGUCACAACUGACAAAAGAGAAAUAUUUAUCAAAGGAGAAAGUGAGACUUUUGAUAUCGAAGGACGAGAGGUAAAAUAAAUAAUCAUCUUAAUACUCUGCUUUCAUUGAACAUCAUAAACUGAUAGGCAUUAUAGCAUACUCUAUGGCCCCCCCAAUCCUUAUAUUCCCUCUCAUUCACACACCUUAAAAUCCUAAUUAUUUUAAUUCAGUGGACAUCAAGGUGACCUGCUAAACGUUCCCUAGGGGGCAGUGUUGAGCAAUGAGUGUGAGCUGCUUCAUUCAACACACACUAAUACCACCUUUUACCCUCUAUUGCUUCCCCAGUGACUUAAAGUAGGGUUAACAAAUCUUUUGUUGCAGAGUUUCUGCUCAAACGUAGUUCCAGGAAAAUUAUCCCCCCUCCUUCCUCUCCUGUCUGUGUAAAUCCAUCAUCACUCCCUCCCUCCCCUACAGUGGGAGCCAAUAGCUUUAUACUCUCUAUUUAUCAGGCAGGCGACCCCAUCACUCCAGUCAAGGUGCAUUAUAUUAUCUGGGAAGCCCUGGGUCGGAGCAUGUUAUUUUAUUAUUCCUACCUCUCUCACUAACUACCUCCCAUGCUCCUAUCACCACUAUAGAAUCUCAGUGUUCAUAUCUUAUUCUUCCUCUCUUGCCAACAUCACCUUCCCUUCUCACCAACGCAUUCUUCUGACUAUAUCAUUGUCUUUCCCCUUCCCGUUACCAUCAUUUUCCCCUGCUCAUCUCACUAUUGUGUCCUGACCGUAUCGCCAAUUUCUACACCUGCCCCUCUAACAAACUUCUCUUGCACAUCUAACUUUUUCUGUAUCAUCGAAUCCUUAUCCUUUGCCCAUCUCACACACAUCUACACCUUUCAUUAACUUUUCCUACCUUCUCCCUAAAAUCUUGUCAUAUUUCCUCUGGUCCCUUUCACUGUGCUGCCUAUAUAACAUCUUUUUUAUCCUGCCCCUCUCAUCCUUGUGUGCUGCAUCUCUUGGUACCACCUCCCAUGCCCCCCUUGUCUCUGCUUCCUUGUAUAUUUCAGCCUAUUUAAGGUUUCUGCACCUGCUCCUUUCACAGUUGCCUGGGCUUGUUUUCCUGUCGCUGUGCCGGUUAGAUUUUCCAAAUUACUUGAUCUCUAAUGAGAUUUUCCAUGUAACUUUUAAUUUACUAACCCCGAUUCACUUUCCCUGGUUUUGUGACUUUUCCCUUGCCCUGUCUCCAGGAAUGCAACAGAUAUGGAUUUCGCUGAAAACUGUGUCACUGACUCUCUGAGUUAUCACAAACAGUAAGUGUCUUGUGACAUUCAUGGUAUCGUACACAGUGGUUGGUCAUUUAAAGAAUCCAUUUGUUGGGACCCUAAGUAUUUGGGAUUUUAUGAUGUAGCGUAGUCAGGUGUAUUCAUCAGACAAAAAUAAGACGUACAAAUCGGGAGAAAAAUAUACAUUAAUAUCUACAAGCAAUGUCCCUUGUAUUAAGAUUCUCAAAUAUGCAAAUAUAGAAGAAGGUGAGAGGUGUGCAUACUGAGGUCUGUAUAUUGGAAUAAAGUGAGAGGGGUGUGUAUACUGAUGUCUAUAGUAGGAGAAGCUAAGAGGUGUGCAUACUGAUAUUUGUGUAUUAGAAGAAGGUGAGAGGUGUGCAUACUGAUGGCUGUGUAUUAGAACAAGGUGAGAGGAGUAUAUUGAUAUCUGUAUAUAAGGAAAUGGUGAAUACAUUGAUGUACAUGUAUUAGAAGACAGUGAGAGAUAUGUAUAUUUAUGUCUAUAUAUUAGGAGAAGGUAAGAGGUGUGUAUAUUGAUGCAUAUGUAUUCAGAGAAGAUGAGGGGUGUGUAUAUUGAUGCAUAUGUAUUCGGAGAUGAGAGGUAUAUUCGAAGGUGAGAGGUAUAUAUACUGGUGUAUACGUAGUGGGAGAAGGUGAGAGGUGUGUAUAUGUAUUCAGAGAAGGUGAGAGGUGUGUAUACUGAUGUAUAUGUAUUCAGAGAUGGUAAGAAGUGUGUAUAUUGAUGUAUAUGUAUUCAGAGAAGGUAAGAGGUGUAUAUAUUGAUGUAUAUGUAUUAGGAGAAGGCGAGAGGUGUGUAUGUUGAUGUAUAUGUAUUCGGAGAAGGUGAGAGGUAUGUAUACAAAUGUAUAUGUAUUCAUAGAUGGUAAGAGGUGUGUAUAUUGAUGUAUAUGUAUUCAGAGAUGGUAAGAGGUGUGUGCAGUGUGUAUAUGUAUUUAGAGAAGGUGAGAGGUGUGUGUAUUGAUAUAUAUGUAUUCAGAGAUGGUAAGAAGUGUGCAUAUUGAUGUAUAUGUAUUCAGAGAUGGUAAGAAGUGUGUAUAUUGAUGUAUAUGUAUUCAGAGAAGGUAAGAGGUGUGUAUAUUGAUGUAUAUGUAUUAGGAGAAGGCGAGAGGUGUGUAUGUUGAUGUAUAUGUAUUCGGAGAAGGUGAGAGGUAUGUAUACUGAUGUAUAUGUAUUCAUAGAUGGUAAGAGGUGUGUAUAUUGAUGUAUAUGUAUUAGAAGGUGAGAGGUGUGUAUAUUGUUGUAUAUGUAUUUGGAGAAGGUGAGAGGUGUGUAUAUUGUUGUAUAUGUAUUUGGAGAAGGUGAGAGGUGUGUAUAUUGUAUAUGUAUUUGGAGAAGGUGAGAGGUGUGUAUAUUGUUGUAUAUGUAUUUGGAGAAGGUGAGAGGUGUGUAUAUUGUUGUAUAUGUAUUUAGAGAAGGUGAGAGGUGUGUGUAUUGAUAUAUAUGUAUUCAGAGAUGGUAAGAAGUGUGUAUAUUGAUGUAUAUGUAUUCAGAGAUGAUAAGAGGUGUGUAUAUUGAUGUAUAUGUAUCAGAGUAGGUGAGAGGUGUGUAUAUUGAUGUAUAUGUAUUCGGAGAAGGUGAGAGGUGUGUAUAUUGAUGUAUAUGUAUCAGAGAAGGUGAGAGGUGUGUAUAUUGAUGUAUAUGUAUUCGGAGAAGGUGAGAGGUGUGUAUAUUGAUGUAUAUGUAUCAGAGAAGGUGAGAGGUGUGUAUAUUGAUGUAUAUGUAUUCGGAGAAGGUGAGAGGUGUGUAUAUUGAUGUAUAUGUAUUCAGAGAUGGUAAGAGGUGUGUAUAUUGAUGUAUAUGUAUUCAGAGAUGGUAAGAGGUGUGUAUAUUGAUGUAUAUGUAUUAGAAGGUGAGAGGUGUGUAUAUUGAUGUAUAUGUAUUAGGAGAAGGUGAGUAUACUGAUAUCUGUAUAUUAGGAGAAGGUGAGAGGUAUAUAUGCUGAUAUCUGUAUAUUAGGAGAAGGUGAGAGGUGUAUAUACUGAUAUCUGUAUAUUAGGAGAAGGUGAGAGGUGUAUAUACGGAUAUCGGUAAAUAAGGAGAAGAUGAGAGUUGUAUAUCAUGUAUGUCUAUUUGAAGGUCAAAGGUAUGUCUCCGAAUGUCUAGAAGAUGAGCUGGUGAGCAGUGCAUGUCCUGAUAUCUGUAUUACGAUAAAGUCAGAGGAACUCAUCCUGAUGUCUUGUACUAGGAGGCGAUGAGAGAUAGAUGUCCAUAUUCAGAUUAUUAGAGAGGAAGUGAGAAGUGUGUCCCCUGAUGUCUGUUUAUUAGGAAGAAGCACACAUCCUGUAUUAAAGAGAAGGACAUAGUGUGAUGUCAGUAUUAGGAGGAGGAAGAGGAACAGAUCAUGUUUGCGCACAAGAAGAUGAGAGGUACAUACAUGUCCUCAUUCUGUGUAUUAGGAAGAAUUGAGAGGUAUGUGUACUAGUAUCUGUGUAUUAGGACAGGGUGUAUAAACCUUUAUAUUGUGGCACCUCACACCCAUGAGACUUUUUAAAAUGCAUAAAAAGGACACAGACCUGCCGUGGAAAUUGCGUAAGCAGAAAGGUACAUUUAUACAUUGAUGGAGAGGAGGUACAAAAAUCAUUCUGGAAAUCUGUCUGCACUCUUAGGUCUAGAUUUUUCCAGAAAGCAUUUUCCUUCUGGACCCAUGUCCUUAGUUUUUCAGUGCACAUGUUGGAUCGGUCCUUGCAUGGAGGUCUCUAGCAGAACGCUUGCUACAGGACUUACAAAAAUCACUUCACCAAAUACAGAAUCCUUGUCUUUCCAAGCCACACAUCUCAAAUCUCCCAUACCCCCAUUUUUCUUACCUUUCUGGGUUUUUAUUUUUCUCUAUUUCCAAUUCAGAAAUAUGUGCAACUCAAAAGCACUUCUCCCCCUGCAACCUUAAAGUAUAAAUAUAUAUAUAAUGGCCCCUCUUACCCCUUCUUCCCCUCCUUACGUUCUGUGGCAGGUGGUCAGCAUUUGCUAGACUGCCGCCAAGUUAAAACAUAAAAAUAGAGCCUAUUGUAGUCAAUAUGACUCCCACCUAAACAUAGGGAGUUUUACGACCUAAAUUAUACCAUCAUCCAUCAUACCGCAGGUUGGAGCAUGUCUACUAAACAGCGAUCAAUUGGUAUCGGCUAGUACUAAAACUAGCUAGAAAAAGCCAAUGGGAGAAGACUUGUCAACAAAAUCCAAUAAUAAAGCCUUCAGAAGUUGUAACUCCGCUAUUAAAAACAAUCCAACAGACCAUUUCCUCUGCCAUAGGUGAAAUCUCCUUUCUUCAAGUCUAAAUGGGUGACUUUUUGUCCUUUAGACAGUCCAAUAAAUGCACAGAGGUGCAGGAUGCAGGGAGAGAGUUAACUUAAAAGCAAUGUAUCAUGUUUUAACACACAUGUUUAAACACUUAUUCUAUAAAAGUUUUUUAAUUUAAUUUUUUUUAAUGAGGACCUUUUCUGUAUUCUUUUUCUAAUAUCAUUGCUAUGAACUGUGCAGAGUGUUCCCUCCAUUGGUUACAUUUUCCCCACAGGGUCCUGUUCAGAGUCACCUCAGACGACCGCUCACUGUCCUCUGGUUGUUUCAUCAAACAAGAGCCUUCUUCCCUGCUGGGAUCUCCUACUCAUUACAGUCCCAGUGGAUCGUCUGAUACAAGUGGUUCAUUUAGCUUGGGUGGCACUCUGUGUGGACUGGACUCUUUCUUGUGCAGCAGCCACAAACAUUUUGACCUCUUCGAGCAGUCUCAGUCCCCUGCCAUGUGUGAGUACACCCUGGGUGCUGCACCCAGGAAGUUGUGUUUGGUCUGCGGAGAUGUGGCGUCUGGGUACCAUUAUGGUGUGGCAUCCUGUGAAGCAUGCAAAGCUUUCUUCAAACGUACCAUCCAAGGUAGAGUCUGGCAUGAGUGUCUAGCAAUCCUUAUUCUCAGAAAUAGAAUAUCCUAUAGCACUAAGUUGAUCAGUCUUCUUUCUAUUAACAUUUCUGAUCAAUCCAUGGCUGCAGUGGAAACACAAUAUGGUUUCUUCACAAACUUGUAGAGAUUUGACAAGGGAAUUGCACAAUUGUAGAGCAAAAUGAGCCUUAUUAGGACAUAUCUCCAGUACCAAAAUUGUGACCUAAAAUUAUGAAUUCCAUUGUCAGUCCUCUACAGUUUCUGGCUGAGUGAUAUAAACCCAUCAGAGUCUAGCUCAGAGUCAGAGAUAAUUUUACAUGAUGUUCAGGGUGGACUGCGUUGGCUUUAAAACUCUGGAGACAAAAUAAGAGCAAAAUUUUGAUAAUGUUGCCAUCUUCUGUAAAUAGCAAAUGUCAAGAUUAUAGGGAUGAGGUAUCAUGUCUUCCUCGAAGAUCUCAAGAGAGUUGGUUUUAUUGUAAUGUAAAUUUCCUGAAUUGUAAAGAGGAUUAGGUAAAAGCUGCAAGUCUAAGUGAGCCCUAACCUAAGAGUCCAUUGACGUAUAGAAAGAGAGGAAAAUUGCUGUCUAACUCGUGCCCUACAUUAAAGAUUUACUGAUACAAGUGUAAAGGUUUUCAUGUCUAUGAAAUUUCAAUGUGUCUUGCCUGUGGGUUUCAGAAGGUCUUUAAGCCAUUUCCUCCCUAUUCUAAAACAUCCCACAUGCAACAACACACAUAAAUACAAAGCGGUCAUGACACCUUAAGUAACACGUUAAUACUCCCCAAUUGUUAGGUAACAUUGAGUACAGCUGCCCUGCCUCGAGACAGUGUGAAAUAACGAAGCGGAGGAGAAAGUCUUGCCAGUUUUGUCGCUUUAACAAAUGUUUGAAUGUUGGGAUGUUGAAGGAAGGUGAGAUGUCAGCCUGCGGGCCAUGGACUGGGACUCUGCUGACAGUGGCUUUUCCCUGACACAUGGUAACACGGUCUAUCCCACAGGGGUGCGUUUGGACAGAGUUCGAGGUGGGAGACAAAAAUACAAGAGACGUCAGGAAUCUGAAAAUAAUGUUUUCCAUGGAAUACAGAUUCCCCCAGGAAAAACAAGUAAGUAGAUAUACAAUCUUCAAGGAACACACACUCAGCUUAUUGAAUUUGUUAUGGGAGCAAGAGUGUUCAGGCCCCCUCUUAUCUUCAGGAGUUAAAGUUUUUUUCCAAUGGUUUAACCCCAAAUUUGGUCCCCCACACCCAACACUGCUACGCCAUGACUUUCUUCUGUCUACCACAGUAUCAGAAAGGUUUUUCUGGGGGGGAGCUGACUGCCUAUCACUGGCCACCUAUUGAAAUAAAUAUUUCUCUACUAAAAUUAGUAAAAUUUUAAAGUUCACAGUCUUUUACCUAGCAAUAUGCAUCCUCUUCUGCUACGUUUUCACUGUCAAAAGCUGUAUUGGCUUUAAAAGGUACAUUCCAGGCUAGAUAUGACCCUCUGUUUAUAUAACGUUAUGGCGAUAACAACACUUGAUUUCAACCCUUACAUGUUUUUAGUUAAAAGGAUUGUGUCAUACCUGUUGAUGGCAGAGCCGGAGAAGAUCUAUGCCAGGCCGGACCCAGCCAUGCCAGACAGUGAUAUUGCGGCUCUUACUAUCCUUUGUGACCUUGCAGACCGUGAACUUGUGGUCACUAUUGGCUGGGCUAAACACAUUCCAGGUGAGGAACCUUCAAAAUAUCCCAUUAUAACCCUGUAUUGAGCCCUGAGAUAUUCUAAUCGAUGUUUAAUGAAUUCUUUGAAAUGUGUUCGUUAUUCUAAAUCCAUUAAAAUGCACAGGUCCUUGCAGAAGGUAGCCCAUUUGUUAAUGGCAGGACAUCAAAGGCAGAUGUGGGGUAUCUUCCAUACACUUUCCAGGCAGUAAAAUAUAUUUUAGUUAUCCAAAAUAAACAUUUAUUCUAAUUUUCUAAUUAUAAACUGACAAACAUGGGUGACAGGGUAGGAGGACCAUUGAGCAUGACCCCCAAUGGGCCUGAUAAACAAUGAGAAGGAAGUCGUUUAGUUAUGCAAGUACUCUCAUUCAUACAAAGAAAAAAAAUGAACAGCUUAUCACAAUAGUGGGAUCUGUCAGGUACUGAACAGGAAAUUUUAGGCUAUUGCAGUGGACAUGGGAAAAUAGCCGGGAUGUAGUAUUUUUUCCACUUAGGCUAUUUUUGGCAAUUCCAGGUUUAAUGUAUAACCCUGAUGCAUUAAACGAACAGGAAUGUGGCUUCUAUGUGCACGAUGAAUAACAAUGUUUUGUUCAUGAAUUAAGCUGCCUAUAUCCUUGUAUGACUGUAUUUGUUGAACAGGCACUCUCAUAUAAGGCUUGACAGCGCGCCUAUGUGUGCAACCAUUUACAAUCUGUACUAUAUAGUUAGACAUUUUUUAUACUUUUAUACACAUACAAAUGUUUGAGAAUGUGAGGAGAAGCAUCUUUGUGGGUGAAUGUAUUUUGUUUGUUUUGGAAACAGAGUUCUGCUAGGCGCUCUGGUUUAUUUUAGUGCAAAGAGUAUAUCUUGUGUGCAUAUGGCACAUAUCUUAUAAAACAUUAGACAUAUGGCAGGGAUGAAUGUGUGGAGUUCAGAGACUACAGACAGAGUACAUAGUAUAAACCAUGUGUAUAGAGAGGCAGAGUACAUUAUAAACUAUGUUCAUAUGGGAAGGGCAUAUUAGAAAUUAUGCGCAUAUGAUGGAGAGGUAGUUACGAACUGUAAAGCAAGCACACCGCAGGGUAAAACGUACCAGGAAAGGUUAAAGGAUCUUAACAUGUAUAGUUCGGAGGAAAGAUGAGACGGGGGAAUAUUAUAGAAACAUUUAAAUACAUAAAGGGAAUCAAUACAGUAAGGAGGAGACUAUAUUUAAAAUAGAAAAAAAAGAGGACAUAGUCUUAAAUUAGAGGGGCUAUAAAUAAAAAUAAUCAGAAAUUAUUACUUUACAGAGAGGGAAGUGGAUGCAUGGAAUAGCCUUCCAGCUGAAGUGGUAGAGGUUAACACAGUGAGGGUGUUUAAGCAUGCGUGGGAUAGGCAUAAGGUUAUCCUAACUAUAAAAUAAGACCAGGGAUUAAUGAAAGUACCUUAAUUACUUGAAUCUAAUGUGCAGCUCAAUUUUUGAAACCUGGAAGCUGAAAAAUGUUUUUGCUGGCAAAUGUAAUGCGCAUUUAUAUAAGAAGAUACUACUAUACAGCAUUGUGCUACAAUAAAAAUGUUUAUUGCCAUAUACCAUAGUAACAUUGAUGGCAUUUCAAUUUUAGUGGUACAUGUUCAGCCUAUUCUUUCUUAAUCCCUCUUUCAGGAACUAAAUUUGCCCGUGUGGAUUCACCUGUGUGAAUUUGCCAGAAUGCAAUUCGAAUUUCGACCCCAACGUAAUGUGCCAUCAAAUCUAAUGCACAUUUAAAUUUUGUAAACGUUAUUUUCCAAAAAAGUUGCGCUUAUGAUUUGAGUAAAUACGGUAUUUUAGAAAUUGGGAAGACUAGAUGGGCCGAACAGUUCUUAUCUGUAGUCACAUUCUAUGCUUCUAUGUAAUUGUGCCUUCCCAUUGUGCAUGGUGUAGGUUUCUCCUCAUUGUCCCUUGGGGAUCAGAUGAGUUUACUGCAGUCAGCUUGGAUGGAGAUCUUGCUGCUGGGAGUUGUAUUCCGCUCUCUGCCCUAUCAGAACCAACUGGUGUAUGCCGAGGAUUAUAUCGUGGAUGAAACCAGGUCACGCGUGAGUGGCUUACGGGAUCUUUACCCGUGCACGCUCCAGCUGGUACAGAAAUACCGCAAACUACGUGUGGACAAAGAGGAGUAUGUGACACUGAAAGCCAUAGUGCUCACUAACUCAGGUAUAGAUGUUCAAAGUGGCCUUUAUUCAUAUCAUGGUGAAUUGUAGCGAAUUGAAAACAGAAUUGCAAAUUAUAGGACAAAAUAGCAAAGUUGAUUAAAAAUAUCCAAUUCGACUAUAGUUACAGCUUGACUAUUUUAGCAUGGGUUUUGCAAUUCAGCUUUCACUUCACUACAAUUAACUGUUUAGAAAGUAAACCAUAAGGGUUGUUUUUCUGUAGAAUAUAGAGAGGUAAGACAAACAGACCCUACCCCUCUAUAACGGAUUCAUUUACUGCUCCUACCAAACUGCCCACAUUCCAUGUAACCCUCUCCUUUUGAGAAACACAUAUGCACUGUAUAUAACUCCCUCUCUUACCGUGUACACACAGCUCCUACACCACCACGCACUACUCACUACUCACUAACCUCUUCAACUGAGCCACACACUACUCAUACCCACCACACAUUACUAGUACUCCACACACUGCUCCUAGGGAUUGACCGAUUUUCGGUCUGGCCGAUAUUAUCGCCCAAUAUUCUGAAUUUUCGGCAGUAUCGGUAUAGGCCUAUAAAGAUAUCGAUAUUGCAGACCAGGGCCGCCUUCAUCAGGGCAUGACAGCCAAGAUGGCGGUCCUGGGGGGCCCACAGCACACUCUUACUUACCUUCCCAGCAGCUCCCUUCAGCUCCCCUGUCUAACUCGCGAGAACAGGGGAGCUGCUGGGAAGGGAAGUAAGAGUGUUGCUGGGCCCCCUCUGCACAGUCCAUGACACCGGACCACCAGGGAAUGCCAUCUUCCUCCCCUCCCUAGCCAGGUAAGAAGCAGGGAGGAGGAAUAAAACGAAAUGUAAAGAAAAAUUAAAUAGGUUUUUAAAAAAAUUUAAAAUAUAAAAAUGCUGUUAUUAGCACACAAGCUCUCACUCACCAGCCCUGACCCUGUUAUUAGCACACAAGCUUUCACUCACCAGCCCUGACCCUGUUAUUAGCACACAAGCUCUCACUCACCAGCCCUGACCCUGUUAUUAGCACACAAGCUUUCACUCACCAGCCCUGACCCUGUUAUUAGCACACAAGCUCUCACUCACCAGCCUUACCCUGUUAUUAGCACACAAGCUCUCACUCACCAGCCAUGACCCUGUUAUUAGCACACAAGCUUUCACUCACCAGCCCUGACCCUGUUAUUAGCACACAAGCUCUCACUCACCAGCCUUACCCUGUUAUUAGCACACAAGCUCUCACUCACCAGCCAUGACCCUGGUAUUAGCACACAAGCUCGCACUCACCAGCCCUGACCCUGUCAUUAGCACACAAGCUCUCGCUCACCAGCCCUGAACCUGUUAUUUGCACACAAGCUCUCCCUCACCAGCCCUGACCCUGUUAUUAGCACACAAGCUCUCACUCACCAGCCCUGGCCCUGUUAUUUGCACACAAGCUUUCACUCACCAGCCCUGACCCUAUUAUUAGCACACAAGCUCUCACUCACCAGCCUUACCCUGUUAUUAGCACACAAGCUCUCGCUCACCAUCCCUGACCCUGUCAUUAGCACACAAGCUCUCGCUCACCAGCCCUGAACCUGUUAUUUGCACACAAGCUCUCCCUCACCAGCCCUGACCCUGUUAUUAGCACACAAGCUCUCACUCACCAGCCCUGACCCUGUUAUUAGCACACAAGCUUUCACUCACCAGCCCUGACCCUGUUAUUAGCACACAAGCUCUCACUCACCAGCCUUACCCUGUUAUUAGCACACAAGCUCUCACUCACCAGCCAUGACCCUGUUAUUAGCACACAAGCUUUCACUCACCAGCCCUGACCCUGUUAUUAGCACACAAGCUCUCACUCACCAGCCUUACCCUGUUAUUAGCACACAAGCUCUCACUCACCAGCCAUGACCCUGGUAUUAGCACACAAGCUCGCACUCACCAGCCCUGACCCUGUCAUUAGCACACAAGCUCUCGCUCACCAGCCCUGAACCUGUUAUUUGCACACAAGCUCUCCCUCACCAGCCCUGACCCUGUUAUUAGCACACAAGCUCUCACUCACCAGCCCUGGCCCUGUUAUUUGCACACAAGCUCCCACUCACCAGCCCUGACCCUGUUAUUUGCACACAAGCUCUCCCUCAUCAGCCCUGACCCUGUCAUUAGAACACAAGCUCUCGCUCACCAGCCCUGACCCUGUUAUUAGAACACAAGCUCCCACUCACCAGCCCUGACCCUGUUAUUAGCACACAAGCUCUCACUCAGCUCUUGUUUCAGACUCUGCCCACAUUGAAGAUGUACAUCGAGUACAGAAUCUGCAGGACUGUCUCCAGGAAGCUUUGCAAGAUUAUGAGAACAUUCAACAUGCAAACGAAUCUCACAGAGCUGGGCAGCUCCUGCUCACGCUUCCCCUUCUGCGUCAAACUGCCAUGCGAGCUGUGCAGCACUUCCAUGCAGUGCGGGCUCAGGGCAGAGUGCCAAUGCACAAACUUUUCCUGGAAAUGUUAGAUGCUAAAGUAUGA